GCAGGGCAAGCGCCAGGACGCGCUUGCCAAGCGCCAGCAGAUGGAGAAACAGGUGAAAUUUAAGGCGAACCUGGAGAAGGCUCGCCAGCAGUACCACGAGGCGGUGGCGGCCUCGUACGACGCGGACGAGGCGGAGCGCGAGGCCCUGCUGCGCGGCAAUUUCGUGGUGGUGAGCGUUUUUUUUCCCAGGUCGCUCACGAGCUUCUUGCGCAGCAUCGCUGACCCCUGGAUGGUGUUGGCGGACUGGAACGUGUUUCCCAAUGCGUUGGAGAAGACGACGUGGCCCGAGCUUGUGCGAGGUUCGGUGGUGAUCCCGCAGGGGUGCACGAUCACCUGCGACAAGGGCAAAGGCAGCAUGAUCGACUACUGCGUGGUUUCCCUGGGCGCGGAACAUCGCAUUCGCUUGGAGGUUUACCACCAGGUUCCGUGGAAGACGCGCGUCGGGUUGAAGGCCAGCAUUUUGGGCGCGGCGCGCGCCUGGGACUACUUGUUGCUGGUCACGCCGCGCCCAUUGCCCGCGCGCCUCAGGCCCCCGAUCGCCCCAGACCCGGGCAGCAGGAGGUCGAGGGUGAAGGAGGAGGCCGCCGCCUUGCCGGGUGGACGCCGGCGCGUCGCACGCAGCUCGGCGGCGCAGCAGCAGCAGGAGCAGGACAUCGGCCAGGCCAUCGAGCAGAUGGCGCAGAUGGAGGAUGAUCUGCACCAGGAGGCGGCGGCGGAGGUAGCCUAUGCCAUCCCAGCUACAUGCUAUCAUGCCGCUCAGCAGUUGGCGGCGCAGCAGCCGCUCCGCCUGGCGGCAGCGCUGCCUCAAGCGAGGGCGGCGCGCCGCACUGAUGGCGAGGAGUGCGAGGCCCUCUCUUACCUGUACGCGCGCUGGGUCAGCGCGCUAGAGGAGGCAGCGAUCAUGCACGAGGGUUUACAGGGGAAGGAGGGGCCAUGCGAGGUCGAGCCCACGGAGUCCGAUCCACAGCGCAGCGCACGAAGCGCGUGGGCACGCGCGCGCAACGGCCCCGACGCGCGCCAGCAGCAGCGGAGCGUGCAGUCCGUCAUCGAGAAGGCUCAGGAGGUGGGCUUGGGCCGAGGCCAGGGGCCGGCGAAGGGCCUCGAGCAUUUCGGCAAGCAGCGCGUGCCUGAAGAGGUCGCCGGCUGGCGGCAGCCGGCAGCUGCUGGCAGGCCCGGCGCGCGCGGGGGAGGCGGAGCUGGAGCAGUUCAGCGCGCAGACGUCGCGCUGGGCAGCGCGCGCAGCAGGGCGGGCUCAGGAGAGGGGCCAGCGCAGCUUGAGACCUUGCCGCUGGGCGAGGCCGUGGCGGACCCCAUGAAGCAGAUGCACCUUCGCGAGGGCCACUGGUCGGCCGUCUGGACGUCGCGCAGCUUCGAUGAGACGAAGUUGCACGAUUGGCUGGCGCGCACUGCCGCGCUUCCGACGUGGCAGCAGUGGGUGGAUUUGCUGCAGGAGGUUGAGGCGGCGGCGAUGUGGCCGCGCCAGGUCCUCACCGCCAUCCUGUCGCUACUGCCCAAAAGCCGAGGCAGCGACCACGCCAUAGGGCUGUUGCCGCUGCUGGUGACGUGCUGGUCACGCACCCGCGCGACAGUCACCGACGAGUGGUCGUACGCGCUGGAACAGCAUUGGGACGCAGCAAUCUGGGGCAACAGUGCUCUGAGGGCCGCUCUCUGCCAGUCGGUCCUCGACGAGAGCGCGGUGGCCAUGGGUCUCUGCGCGAUCGAGGCGUUGGUGGACUUGGAGCGGUUCUUCGACAGCAUCGCCCUUAUCGCGCUGCUGGAGGUCGCGGAGCAGGAGGCCUCUCCAGCUGUCGUCAUUUCGCUGGAGGCGCAGGCCUACUCGGCGCCACGGCGGCUGAGGAGGCAUGGCUGGUGCUCUGGCGAAAUGUCGGCGGUGCGCUCGAUCGUCGCGGGCAGCAACCACGGCGCGAAGGUCGGCAAGAUGUUCCUGUGCCCGUUGUUGCAGCGGGUGGGCGCAGGGUCGCCGUGCGUCGGAUUGCAGACGCUCGUGGAUGAAACAAUCCUGAGGACCGAGGGCCUGCAGCGGGUCGCAGUGGACCAGAUGGUGGAUGCACUUAGGCAGUUUGGCAAGUGUUGCAAUGCCGCGCAGCUCACCAUCUGGCUGCACCUCAUCUACCGUACGCGGCGGAAGGCGCGGCUCGGGAUGCACGCCAGGAUGCUCCGCGAAACGGAGGUGCAGCCAGCGCUGGUCCACGGCCACCAGGUCUUCGGCGUGGCGCCGACGGCCAUGCCGAAGCUCCGGCGCCAAGCCAGCCGCGCGAUAGCGGGCAGAGGCUUCGGCAAGUGCCUGACCACCACGCUGGCGCUCGCCCUGGGCGAGGAUGAUCCAGGGCUAGCUCUGUCGCGACAGUUGCUCGGCGAGCGCAUGCAGUUCUGGGGGCACCAUCCUGAGCGUCGGCAGCGAGCGCACAGGGCGCGGCGCCUGCUGCGCCGGGAGCUGACGGCGCUGACGCUGGCCACAGGGUGGGGCAGAGUACGCGGGGCCAUCUCGACAGUCAUCUGCGCGCUGCUCACUGCUGGCUGGGGCUUGCCCUCGGCAACCACUUGGAGGCUGGUUUUGAUGGGGUCGGCCACCUGCCCACGCCGCGGCGCCGCCGACGAGACAUUUCUGCAUCGAGCGCGGCAGUGCCCGCGCAACGUGGGCCACGUGAACUACGAGAGCACGAAGUCGUUGGCUGCCAGGGCAGUCGAGGGCGCUGCUGCGGCGCCCUGCCUCUGGCUGCGGAGCCCCCCGCCCGUCGGAUGGACUCGGCGCGAAUGCCCGGAGGGCGCCAACGAGCUCGAGCACGCGACGGGCGACUGGGAGGAAGCAGCCGAGCUGCACAGGGGCGGCGAUGGUUUCUUUGAUGUUUUCGGCGACGGCUCGGGCGGGGAGCAUAGCGAUGAUCCUCGACUGCUUCAGCGCGGGGUGGGCGCGGUCAUUCCGCAGGGCUCGCCGCAGGCGCCGGGCGAGCUGCGGGCGGCGGCGGGCGCUGCAGCAAGGCCCUCUGGACCGAAGCAGACGGUGCCGAGGUCGGAGCUGCAGGCGUUCCUCAUCGCGCUGCGCCGCGCGCGAGGGAACUUGCGGUACCAUGCAGACCACAUGCCGCUG